CUGUGAAGGAUUGCCAUACAUAAGCAGAAGUCCACAUAGGUUUUCUUAUUUUUUUCUGCUUCAUGUGGAUUAUUACAACACUUUGAAUAAAAGAUCACUUGGGAGACAAAAGAAGCUGAACAUCAUGGGGAUAUUAUCAUGUCUUUCAGGUGUUCUUGGGAGGUUCUUCGGUUUCUUGGAUGAGUGCUAUUCACGAUUGUGUUCUCUCUUCUCUAAUUUCUUUGAUCAACUAUCUACAAGCAAGCCAAAAAGAUACCUGUUUGCCGUCUUUGUGAUUGUAUUGAUUUUAAUACUGGCACUCACACAGAGACAUCACACAGUGACACCCUCUGAGACACCCAGUGAUGAGUGUUAUGGAAAAGCAGCAGUGAUAGCGGACGCUGGAACUUGCUCUGAGAUUGGGAGGGACAUCUUAAAAAAUAAAGGUUCAGCAGUUGAUGCCGCUAUCGCCGCUCUGCUGUGUGUGAGUGUGGUUAAUUUCCACAGUAUGGGCAUCGGAGGAGGAGUGGUUUUCACCAUAUACAGCGCAUCAACAGGAUAA